GCCACAGAGUGUUCCAGCUAUUCGCUUGGGUUAGUCGGUUUGCGAUAGCAAAGGGAGAAGCCAGCUCGCCAUGGAGCCCACAUGCAGCAGCAGUGUGGCGGAAUUGGCCAAAUACAGUGAGGAUGAUGUGGAAACGGAUGAGUCCAAGGUGGUGGAGCAUCAGGAAUAUGCCGAAGCGCUGUCAAUGUCCGGGGAAAGUCGUAAGCGGAAACGAUGGACUCGAAGGUCCUGCUGCACUCGCCAAGUCCUGAGUACGGGCGCCAUUUUCAUCGCCCUUCUGCUCAUCAUCGGCGCCAUUUACAUGCACUUAAGACAGAAGCAUCAUCUGGGCCGACUGCACAUCAAUCUCAAGGAUCGGGGGCAAGUGGAGGUCCUGGAGGAGGACUUUCCCAUGGUCACCGCUGCGGGAGUGGAUGCCCAGACCUCGACGAUAACAACAUUCCAGCCGCCUCCGACAUCCUCCCCAGAGCCCAGUGCCAAGUGCCUGGACUGCAUGGCCACCACUGCCACGGAUAAUAUUCCGGCAAUCUGCAGGCACCGAGGACGACCAGAGGAGCCGUGCGGCAUUUAUCGCAUCUCCCACGUCUACUGGCAGGACGCACUCCGGAUAAUUGACCCGGACGACUCACUCGCCCGGGACUACGGAAGAUGCGUGGUGGAUGUCCAGUGCGCCGAGCGUAUUGUGCGUAGCUAUGUGCAGCGAUAUGGUGGCGAGGAUUGCAAUGGAGACGGACGGAUCGAGUGUCGGGAUCAUGUGAGGCUGCACAUGAGAGGACCCGGCGGCUGCCGCAGGCAGGAGCCACUGGGGAGCCUGUCUGAGAGGAGAUUGGAAAACUGCUUGAAAUACAGGGGGAUUACUUAAAACCGAUUGUUCGUUUAUUGUUUCAACUGCAGGCGAUGCAUUAUGGGCCGCCAGUAGAGGGUUAGCACAAAGAGGCCUAUGAACUCGUGGAACAGCAGCAGGGCGGCGAACUUGUCAUCGAACAACUUGGUCGAGGCCCUUCUUCCGCCCAUGAUGCACUGCACAUGAUACAUCAGGAACUGCAAGUGAUUUGUGGUUAUGCGGCAGACAGUUGCAGGCUGGUAAAAUGCGAAAAAUGCUUACCAUCAUCACCACACAGCCGAUACAGAAUGCGAAGAGAUAAAAUCCCCAGAUCACGUCGAGAACCACAUACAAUACCAGGGAGUAUAUGCUCAGUGAGUAAGUGCCAGUUGCAAGGGCAUAUAGGUAGAGUCCGGUGCCUGUGAGGUCAUACUUAGGCAAGAUUUUGGUUGAUUAUUUAACAUCCUUUAUCUGUACUAGCUUACCGCCAUUAAAGCAGCUAUAAGUGUACAUAACACAAAUGCAAGGCUGACAAUCAGAAAUCCGGCAAGCAUAUAAAGUACUCCCGAUGAUAUGAUCAGCACACUGAGAGAAACUACCACACAUUCCACCUUAAUAUGCUAUGGGGUUACAUUGUUAGGUAAUUUAAUUGUUAGAAUACCCACGAUAAUAAACGUAAUCAGCCAGUUGACACAGGACAUUUUCCUUAGCGGCAUACUUAGGGCAAACAGGAAAAGUAGGAAAAUGCCAAAUACAAAGGCUAGGAGCAAUGCAGAUGAGUGCUCGUUUACCAAGACCAGAAACCAUUCGCUAGUAGUAAUUACAUAAAUCAUAAGUAAAAAAGUUAUUAUCCAAAUCUUACUGCAGCAAGGUUAGCACCAGGAUCCAGUGAACAAAUCCUAUCACAAUGAAGACGCAUAACUCCAGAAUAACCUUUAUGAUAUAUCUUCGCCUAUCAUCCACAGAUUCCGAGUGGAAAAACGGCCAGAUGGUUAUAUCUGCCUCGAACAUGGCAAAAGAAAAAAUAGUUUGAUUUUGGGCACCAGGCCGUCUGAGGCAAAGUAACUCUGAGAUUCGUAUAAAAAAUUUACGCUAUUCCCGGCAUGGACACACUAAUUGCACAUCGAAAUGGGCCGUCCAGAGCACAAAGUUAAUGGGAGCGAAUUAGAACAAACAAUGACGACGAUUCGGCGUACAUAAUUGAACUCGACAAAACUUUAUAAUCUGGCAGCAUCGCGAACAAAUUGAACAACAACUCGCAAGUGUGUAAUAAUU